AUGGCUCCAAGCAAGGAGCAACAGACACUUAUGUGGCAGCAAAAUUCCUACUUAGUGGAUUCUGGUAUCAAUUCUGGAGCAGCUACUCAGGUGCCAUCACUAACUGGCAAAGAAGAUGAUGAGAUGGAAGGAGAUCAGCUCAUGUUUGACUUGGACCAAGGCUUUGCUCAAGGUUUUACUCAAGAGCAAGUUGAUGACAUGAAUCAACAAUUGUCACAAACUCGCUCCCAGCGUGUGCGUGCAGCCAUGUUUCCUGAGACAUUGGAGGAAGGAAUUGAGAUCCCUUCAACUCAAUUGGAUCCUGCCCAGCCAACAGCAGUGCAGCGCCUUGCAGAACCAUCUCAAAUGCUUAAGCAUGCUGUUGUUAACUUGAUAAACUAUCAAGAUGAUGCUGAUUUGGCUACCAGAGCCAUUCCAGAGUUGAUUAAACUCUUAAAUGAUGAAGACCAAGUGGUUGUUUCUCAGGCUGCAAUGAUGGUCCACCAACUCUCCAAGAAAGAAGCUUCCCGUCAUGCCAUCAUGAACUCACCUCAGAUGGUUGCUGCCUUAGUGCGCGCUAUUUCUAAUAGCAAUGAUCUUGAGACCACCAAGGGGGCUGUGGGAACCUUGCAUAACUUAUCUCAUCACCGUCAGGGUUUGCUUGCCAUAUUCAAGAGUGGUGGUAUACCAGCUUUAGUUAAACUCCUCAGCUCUCCAGUGGAGUCUGUGCUCUUCUAUGCUAUCACCACCCUACAUAAUCUCUUACUUCAUCAAGAUGGCUCCAAGAUGGCUGUUCGUUUAGCUGGCGGCUUGCAGAAGAUGGUAGCUCUACUACAAAGAAACAAUGUCAAGUUUUUGGCUAUAGUAACAGAUUGCCUGCAAAUCUUGGCCUAUGGAAACCAAGAGUCGAAACUUAUUAUACUUGCAUCUCAAGGUCCAAUUGAGUUAGUGCGUAUAAUGCGUUCAUAUGAUUACGAAAAGCUGCUUUGGACUACCUCGAGAGUCCUUAAGGUCCUCUCAGUUUGCUCCAGCAAUAAACCAGCUAUUGUUGAGGCUGGUGGAAUGCAAGCUUUGGCUAUGCACCUCGGAAACCCCAGUGGCAGACUUGUACAGAACUGUCUCUGGACUUUGAGGAACCUUUCUGAUGCUGCCACUAAGGUUGAAGGAUUGGAAGGUUUGCUCCAAAGCUUGGUGCAAGUACUUGCAUCUACUGAUGUCAAUAUUGUGACUUGUGCUGCUGGCAUUCUGUCCAAUUUGACUUGCAACAACCAGCGUAAUAAGGUGACGGUGUGCCAAGCGGGCGGCGUGGACGCGCUGGUGCGCACCGUGGUGUCGGCCGGCGACCGCGAGGAGAUCACCGAGCCGGCGGUGUGCGCGCUCCGCCACCUCACUUCGCGCCACGUGGAGAGCGAGAUGGCUCAGAACGCGGUGCGCCUGCACUACGGCCUGCCGGUGAUUGUGAAGCUCCUGCAGCCUCCUUCCCGCUGGCCUCUGGUGAAGGCGGUGGUGGGAUUGGUGCGCAACUUGGCACUCUGCCCCGCCAACCACGCCCCGCUACGCGAGCACGGCGCCGUUCACCACCUAGUUAGACUACUGAUGCGCGCCUUCAACGAUACUCAGAGGCAAAGAUCAUCCGUGUCCGGCGGAGGUGGGGCCGCAGGCGCUUACGCCGAUGGCGUACGCAUGGAGGAAAUCGUGGAAGGGGCCGUUGGGGCCCUGCAUAUACUGGCCAGGGAGAGCCUUAACAGGCAGCUUAUACGUCAGCAGAAUGUCAUACCAAUAUUUGUGCAGCUGCUGUUCAAUGAAAUUGAAAACAUACAGCGCGUAGCAGCCGGGGUCCUCUGUGAGUUGGCGGCUGAUAAAGAAGGGGCUGAGAUGAUAGAGGCUGAAGGGGCUACGGCACCUCUCACCGAACUGCUGCAUUCACGCAAUGAAGGAGUCGCUACAUACGCCGCCGCUGUUUUAUUCCGCAUGUCCGAAGACAAGCCUCACGAUUAUAAGAAGAGACUCUCCAUGGAGUUGACCAACUCUCUGUUCCGCGACGAUCACCAGAUGUGGUCCAACGAUCUCGGGAUGCAGCCAGACCUGCAGGAUAUGCUCGGACCAGAACAGGGCUAUGAAGGAUUAUAUGGCACUCGACCAUCAUUUCACCAACAAGCCGCCGGCUACGACCAGAUCCCGAUAGACUCGAUGCAGGGCCUCGAGAUCGGCAGCGGCUUCGGCAUGGACAUGGACAUCGGCGAGGCGGAGGGCGCCGGCGCCGCCACCGCCUUCCCCGAGCCGCCGCACGACAACAACAACGUCGCCGCCUGGUACGACACCGACCUC